AUGAACCCCCAUCUCACCACCCUCCUGGGCCUGGGGGUCCUGCCCAAGCCCUCCCUCAGGGCUGAUCCAGGCCCUGUAGUCCCCUGGAAACGGCCUGUGACCUUUGUGUGCCGGGGCCCAGCUGAGGCUAAGGUAUGUCUCCUGGAGAAGGAUGGAAGACGUGUACACCAUUAUCAGGACAGUGUGCCACUAGAUGGCUCACAGGGGACAGAGGCCAGAUUCUUCUUCCCUGUGGUGAGUGAAGACACUGCGGGGAGUUACCGCUGCUUCUGUCUCACCCAGUUCGGCUUGUCUGAGCGCAGUGAGCCCCUGCAGCUGCAGGUGACAGAGGAGGACUCCACUCUGUCCUCAGGGCCCCUGCCCAAACCCUCCCUCAGGGCCGAGCCAGGCCCUGUGAUCUCCCGGGGACGGCCUGUGGCCCUCGUGUGCCAGGGCUCAGCUGAGGCUAAGGUAUGCCACCUGGUGAAGGAUGGAAGACGUAUACACCAUUAUGAGGACAGUGUGCCUCAAGAUGGCUCACAGGGGACAGAGACCAGAUUCAUCAUCCCCGUGGUGAGUGAAGAAACUGCUGGGCGUUAUCGCUGCUUCUGUCUUACCCAGUCCAGCUCGUCUGAGCUCAGUGAGCCCCUGCAGCUGCAGGUGACAGAGGAGGAUGGCUCCACUCCGCCCUCAGGGGCCCUGCCCAAACCCUCUCUCAGGGCCGAGCCAGGCCUUGUGAUCUCCCGGGGACGGCCUGUGACCUUCGUGUGCCGGGGCCCAGCUUGGGCUGAGUACUUCAUCUUGGAGAAGGAUGGAAGAGAUGCAUAUCAUGAUCAGAAAAGUGUGUCUCAAGAUGGUUCACAGGCAACAGAGGCCAGAUUCCACAUCCUCGCGGUGAGUGAAGACACUGCCGGGAAUUACCGCUGCCUCUAUGAACAAGUAUAUUUCUGGUCUGAGUACAGUGAGCCCCUAGAGCUGAAGGUGACAGAGGAGGACGUCUCCACUCCGCCCUCAGGCCCCGCCUCCCGGGAUUACAGGGUGGAGAACAGCAUCCGCUUGGGCCUGGCGGGCGUGGUGUUGCUGAUCCUGGUGGCGAUUCUGGUGGAAGCUGGGCUCAGCCAGCGCAGGGCCCCACAGGGACCACAGGAGUAAACAUAAGGGAGCCCCCCAGGGAGAGGGGACCCCAGGGCCCCAGCAGGGAGCUCCCGGAGGCCCCGAGGCUCAUGCUGGAGCCCAGGACACCAGUGCGCCCCGCCCUGUCCCCCUUCCCCUUCUCCCCUCCAGGAGACUGCUCUUCAGGACUGUACUC